AGCAAGCGCUCUCGCCCAUCUCGUAGCAGUCGUCGCCGCCGGCGCAAGUUCAACAUCCGGUCCAUGUCCGUCAUCGCCCACGUCGACCACGGCAAGUCGACGCUCACGGACUCCCUCGUCGCCAAGGCGGGCAUCAUCGCGCAGAAGCACGCUGGCGAGACGCGGUACACGGACACGCGCGCGGACGAGGCCGAGCGCGGCAUCACGAUCAAGUCGACGGGCAUCUCCAUGUUCUUCGAGUACAAGAUGUCGGCGGGCGAGAAGGCCGAGAUCGCCGCCGCCGAGGGCCGCGCGCUCAAGGUCACGGGCGGCGGCGAGUCGGAGGUGCUGAAACCGGCGACGGAGGACGGCGCGCCGGCGAUCACGGACGACUCGUACCUCAUCAACCUCAUCGACUCGCCGGGCCACGUCGACUUCUCCUCGGAAGUCACGGCGGCGCUGCGCAUCACGGACGGCGCGCUCGUCGUCGUCGACACGAUCGAGGGCGUCUGCGUGCAGACGGAGACGGUGCUCCGCCAGGCCAUCUCCGAGCGCGUCAAGCCCGUGCUCCACGUGAACAAGGUCGACCGGGCCCUGCUCGAGCUCCAGCUCUCGCCCGAGGACAUGUACCAGUGCUUCGCGCGGUCCGUCGAGUCCGUGAACGUCAUCAUCGCGACGUACAACGACGAGCUCCUCGGCGACUGCCAGGUCUACCCCGAGAAGGGCACCGUGUCCUUCGGGUCCGGUUUGCACCAGUGGGGCUUCACGCUCUGCAAGUUCGCGCGCAUGUACAGCGAGAAGUUCGGCAUCGGCUACGACAAGAUGAUGCAGAAGCUCUGGGGCGACAACUUCUUCGACGCCAAGGGCAAGAAGUGGGUCAAGUCCGACAAGGACGGGACGCUGGAGCGCGCCUUCUGCCAGUUCAUCAUGUCGCCCAUCUGCAAGAUGUUCACGGCCGUCAUGGAGGACAAGCGCGCGAAGAUCGCGAAGCUGUUGAAAGCGGUGGGCGUGACGCUCAAGAAGGAGGACGAGGAGCUCGUGGGCAAGCCGCUGCUCAAGCGCGUCAUGCAGAAGUGGCUCCCCGUCGGCGACGCCAUCCUCGAGAUGAUCGUCGUCAAGCUGCCGUCGCCCGCGGCCGCGCAGCGCUACCGCGUCGAGAACUUGUACGACGGCCCGCUCGACGACGCGGCCGCGAACGCGAUCCGCACGUGCGACACGUCCGAGGGCGCGCCCCUCAUGAUGUACAUCUCGAAGAUGGUGCCGUCCUCCGACCGCGGCCGCUUCUUCGCCUUCGGCCGCGUCUUCUCGGGCAAGAUCGCGACGGGCCAGAAGGUCCGCAUCAUGGGCCCCAACUACGUGCCCGGCAAGAAGAGCGACCUCUGGGUCAAGAACAUCCAGCGCACGCUGAUCAUGAUGGGUCGCUUCCAGGAGCAGGUCCAGGACAUCCCCGCGGGCAACACGUGCGGCCUCGUCGGCGUCGACCAGUACCUCCUCAAGUCGGGCACGAUCACGACGUGCGAGGAGGCGCACUGCAUCAAGACGAUGAAGUUCUCCGUGUCGCCCGUCGUGCGCUGCGCCGUCGAGCCCAAGAAGGCCCAGGACCUGCCCAAGCUCGUCGAGGGCCUCAAGCGCUUGGCGAAGAGCGACCCCAUGGUCCUCUGCUACACGGAGGAGUCCGGCGAGCACAUCAUCGCGGCGACGGGCGAGCUCCACCUCGAGAUCUGCCUCAAGGACCUCCAGGAGGACUUCAUGGGCACGGAGGUCAAGGUCUCGGACCCCGUCGUGUCCUACCGCGAGUCCGUCGGCGCGACGUCCGCGCAGACCUGCCUCUCCAAGUCGCCCAACAAGCACAACCGGCUCUACAUGGAGGCCCACCCCCUCUCCGACGAGCUCGCCGACGCCAUCGAGGACGGCAAGAUCUCCGCCAAGGACGACCCCAAGCUCCGCGCGCGCGCCAUGGCCGACGAGUACGGCUGGGACGUGACGGACGCGCGGAAGAUCUGGGGCUUCGGGCCCGACGGCUCCGGCGCGAACCUGAUCUACGACCAGACCAAGGGCGUCAACUACCUCGCGGAGAUCCGCGAGUCCGUCGUCGCGGGCUUCCAGUGGGCGUCCAAGUGCUCCGUGCUCUGCGACGAGCAGAUGCGGUCCGUCGCGUUCAAGCUCCUCGACGUCACGCUCCACGCGGACGCGAUCCACCGCGGCAUGGGCCAGAUCAUGCCCACGGCGCGCCGCGUCCUCUUCGCGUCCAUGCUCACGGCCGAGCCCGUGCUCCAGGAGCCCCUCUUCCUCGUCGACAUCUCCGUGCCCCAGGACGCCAUGGGCGGCUGCUACGGCGUGCUCACGCGCCGCCGCGGCGUCGUCUUCCACGAGGAGCAGCGCCCGGGCACGCCCAUGGUCCAGAUGAAGGCCCACAUGCCCGUCAUGGAGUCCUUCGGCUUCAACGCGGACGUCCGCGCGGCGACGGGCGGCAAGGCGUUCCCCCAGAUGGUCUUCUCGCACUGGCAGGUCCUCGCGGGCGACCCCACGGACCCGGAGACCAAGCCGGGCAAGGUCAUCACGGACGUCCGCGCGCGCAAGGGCCUCGCGCCCGAGAUCCCGCCCCUCGACCGCUUCCUCGACCGCCUCUAGGCGCCGCGGCGGCACCGGGCCGUCCCGCCCGGGCGCCGCCGCGCGCGCGCCGCGCGCCGGCGAGCCCGGGGGCAAGCACUAACGACCCCCUCCCCCCCCCUUCCAGCGCGGCCCGGGAGGAGGGCGGGCGGCCCG